AUGACUGGUAUUGUUGUGUGUGAUGGAGGAGGGGAACACAGACUGACUGGUAUUGCUGUGUAUGAUGGAGGAGGGGAACACAGACUGACUGGUAUUGCUGUGUGUGAUGGAGGAGGGGAACACAGACUGACUGGUAUUGCUGUGUAUGAUGGAGGAGGGGAACACAGACUGACUGGUAUUGCUGUGUGUGAUGGAGGAGGGGAACACAGACUGACUGGUAUUGCUGUGUAUGAUGGAGGAGGGGAACACAGACUGACUGGUAUUGCUGUGUAUGAUGGGGGAGGGGAACACAGAUUAACUGGGGAACACAGACUGACUGGUAUUGCUGUGUAUGAUGGGGGAGGGGAACACAGACUGACUGGUAUUGCUGUGUGUGAUGGAGGAGGGGAACACAGACUGACUGGUAUUGCUGUGUGUGAUGGAGGAGGGGAACACAGACUGACUGGUAUUGCUGUGUAUGAUGGGGGAGGGGAACACAGACUGACUGGUAUUGCUGUGUGUGGUGGAGGAGGGGAACACAGACUGACUGGUAUUGCUGUGUGUGAUGGAGGAGGGGAACACAGACUGACUGGUAUUGCUGUGUAUGAUGGGGGAGGGGAACACAGACUGACUGGUAUUGCUGUGUGUGGUGGAGGAGGGGAACACAGACUGACUGGUAUUGCUGUGUAUGAUGGGGGAGGGGAACACAGACUGACUGGUAUUGCUGUGUGUGAUGGGGGAGGGGAACACAGACUGACUGGUAUUGCUGAGUGUGAUGGAGGAGGGGAACACAGUCUGACUGGUAUUGCUGUGUGUGAUGGAGGAGGGGAACACAGACUGACUGGUAUUGCUGUGUAUGAUGGGGGAGGGGAACACAGACUGACUUGUAUUGCUGCAGAAUGCUGUUCAUCAGCUUGA